GUACCUGAAGGCCUACUACCAAAACCAAGAAUCACACUGAGCACAACAAGGUCAACAGAAAUCAACAACAGACCUAGUGGCUUCCCAGUUGGUCGUUGGUCUCUGGAGAAGAGGGCUACCCAGAAGGUUGCCAAGCACCCUAUUGCUAUUACUGAAAACCACCCAACCUAGUUGGUCAGUCUCGUCAUUGUUAUGGAAGUUCUUCAAACCACAAGAAGGCAAUGAGUAAAGAAAGUAAUGGAAAUGCAUUGUAUCUACUUGAUUCUUCUGUUUGCAACCAUCAUUUGAUGGCAAACCUUGGAUUAAAUCACUUUUUAUUGCCUGUGAACAAUUGGAAAACCUUGGAUUAAGCAAGAGUACACACAGGCUUACUGAGGCUCCAGUGGUGAGCAGAGGGAAAAUCUAUUGUCAUAACAGUGGAGGUAGUCUUGGAAGUAUGCAGAAUGGAUUGGGCCACGUCAUGGAGGCUCAUGAGUGUUGCAAGGGACAGAAGUCUUUGGGAUCAAGACUGUUCCUACACUGAAAAUGACAUAAAGGAUAAAUGGGCGGUCCCUCAAAAUGGCCCAACUGGGUUUAGGGGAUGGAGUGACUCAUGUAUGCCUGAGGGGGGGAGAGAUGAUGGUGAAACCAAUGGGCCCAUGUUUGGGCCACUGGCUCAACUGAGAUGCCUUGAAGCAUCACACCACCAAAACAAGAAGAAAUGCUCAUAUGAAUGGGGUGAGUCCUGGAAGAGCAUAAAAUACACUGAAAAGGAGGAUGUGAGCCUUGAAGAAGAUACCUCUGAAAAUGAUGACAACGAAAAUGAGGAUGAGAGCUCUGAGGAAAAUAUGUCCCAAAAUGAAGAAGAUCAAGAGCAUGACGAUGAAGACGAGGAUGAGAGCUCUGAGGAAAAUGUGUUCCAAAAUGAAGAAGAUCAAGAGCAUGACGAUGAAGACGAGGAUGAGAGCUCUGAGGAAAAUAUGUUCCAAAAUGCAGAAGAUCAAGAGCUUAAUGAUGAAGACAAGGAUGAGAGCUCUGAGGAAAAUAUGUUCCAAAAUGAAGAUCAAGAGCAUGACGAAGAUGAGUACAUAAGCCUUGAGGAAAAUACGGCCCAAAAUGAAGAAGACGAAGAGUAUGAUGAUGAAGAUGAGUUUUUGAGCCUUGAGGAAAAUAUGUCUCCAAAUGAUUACUAUCAAGAAUUUGAUGAUGAAGAUGAGGAUGUGAGCUCUGAGGGAAAUAUAGCCCAAACUGAGCCUUUGAGCCUUGAGGAAAAUAUGUCUCAAAAUGAUGACCAUCAAGAACAUGAAGAUGUGAGCUCUGAGGAAAAUAUAGCCAAAACUGAGCCUUUGAGCCUUGAGGAAAAUAUGUCUCAAAAUGAUGACCAUCAAGAAGAUGAAAAUGUGAACUCUGAGGAAAAUAUAGCCAAAACUGAGCCUUUGAGCCUUGAGGAAAAUAUAUCUCAAAAUGAUGACUAUCAACAAUUUGAUGAUGAAGAUGAGGACGUGAGCUCUGAGGGAAAUAUAGCCCAAACUGAUGAAAGUGAAGAUGAUGACAUCAAACAAUCAAUUUGGAAGUGGGGGGAAUCCUGGAAAUAUUUACAUCAUCAGUUCCAUAUUCCUCCUCCACCCCCUCCUCCAAAAACCUCAGACAGUCCAGGAUGGGACGAGGCUUGGAGAAUAUCAAGACCACUAGAGUGCCACUAUGAGCCUUCAGAAAGUGAGUCUGAUGAAACAGAUUAUAACGAACCAUUAGACCCUUAUAUUCAUGGUGUGAUAAUGCCUAUAUGCAAGACUGAGAAAUACCAAUUCUGGAGUGCACAGUCCUGUGAGGGAAUCCCUGCCUUGGCUGAAUGGGAAAAGUCUUGGGAGGUUGUUAAAAACCCACUCUUCCUAGAAAAUGUGAAACUCCAAGAGGAAGUGGAGUCAAUUGAAGAGGAAAUGGAAAGUGAGGAAAUGGAGAGUGAGGAAAUGGAGAGUGAUGAAAUAGAGGUAGAAGAAAGUGAACCUGAUGGAUUACCUAAAAGGCUCGAGGCCAAAGACAAAUAUAAAAAUUGGCUAAAACAUAUGAGUGCUCUAUCAGAAUGUGAUUUUCCCUCUAAGUGGAAGGAGGCAUGGAAAUCCUCCAUAUCUAAACCUUGCUUUGGACAAAGGCAUCUACCAAAUAACCAUAAACAUAGACUUGACCAUAAGACGAUUCAUUGGGUAGAGCCAGAUAAUACCGUUGCACUGACUGGACCAGUGACUCCUGAAUCACCUUUGAUGAAAAGAGACUUUACUGAUUGGGAUGAAUCAUGGAAAUGCUCAAGUUUCCAAUCCAGUUUUAGACCCUCAGCCACUGAGUGGAAAAAUUCAAGCUGUUUAGGUUAUGCGCUGAGAAUACGCAGAGAGCAGAGGAUAAAGGAGGUAGGCAAUGAGAAAUAUGAAGAUGAUUCUGAUAAAUAUGACAUAUUUGGUCUUCCAAAAAGGGGAAUGAAACCAGAGAUGCAGGGGAACUAUACAAUUUCUCCUGAAUGCAAAGAGUCCUGCAAAUCUUUAACGCAUCAGACCAGAACUGAGGAAAUCAGAGCUAGACCUAACCAAUCAAAGCCAUUUAGAGAGUAUGAAACAUCUGAGUCUGACUGGGCUGAGGCAUUUAAUUUCACAAAUGGUACAUUGAACCAGGACUGCAGCCUUUGGCAUCAAGGAUGGUCUUCCACUGACAUUUUCAGACAAGAAAAAUGGAUAACACAACUCAAAGUCCUGAAUGAGGAGGAGCCUCACAAUGGCUCAAGUCGAUUAACAGAAUGGACAGAUUCUUGGAGGUCCACCAGCAGACAGAACAUUCGAGAGGAUGCAACUGCAGCACAACCUUCACAUCAACCUGCUCAGCAACCUCAGCAGUAUUCUAGUCCAUCUUCAGCAGAUUGGAAGGACUCCUGGAGGUCUUCAAGCACUCAGUUCAGACAGACCAUCCAUGAUGUAACCCCCAUGACAAAGAGGCCAAACUUUUCUGGAUUCAACCGCUAUGAUAAAAUCUCAGAAGACAAUAGAAUUAAAAAACAUAUGGAGAUCCAGCCCGGGAAAAGCCUCCAUCGUGACCUGCAAGCGGGGAAGUUCAGCAUAUCCCUCAACCCUGAUGUGUUUAAGGAGAGUGUUACUCCAUCAGAAUGGAUUGAGUCUUGGAGAGUGGCAACACUUCAGAGACACCACCACAGAUUGAAAAGUAACUCCCACUUGCUUGCCCUUAUUGUUGAGGCUGAAGAACUUCCAUCCUGGUGUAGAACCUGGAAGUUCAUCAAUCUGCUUCCUUGGCAGCACAAGCCACACUGGGACAAAGAUCAUGAAACCUUUGAAGUGGAAAUUUGGCCGCCUCCAGUGCCUGAGUAUAUUCCACCCACACCACAUAUAGUGGAGGAAGAAGAAGAGCCAGCUCAGUGUGUGUCAUGGAGGAUUUGUAGCCCACAGCCUCCAGAGUGGGAUGACACUCCAACAUUAUUCCAUCGUGAAAAUGAAGUGCUAUGGUCAAGAAGAAGGUGCAAGAAUGACCUCUAUUUUUGUCUUAACACAGAGAUACUCUCACAGGAAUUAUGGGGUCAAUCUUGGCGAUUUAAAAAGCUAGAGAGUAGUCCCAAGCCCCAGCCUGAGCCUGAACCAAGCUUAGUUAUAAUGUCAAAAAGAGAUAAAAUCAAGGUUGACAUUCAUUCUCAAAUGGAGGAAACAAAACCUUUUGCCCCAAUGUGGGCUAGAGCUAUAAAGUUGUCUAUGACAAAAUACUGGCGGGUUCUAGGGGCACAAAGAGGGGGCGGUUCCACUCCUGUGGUGCCCACCCGUCCUACCCCGGCACCCAUCCGCCCUUCACAGGUACCCAAACGCUCUGACCUGGCCAGCCGUUUUCUCAUGCUUGUCAACCGUCCUUCCCUACUGUCCAGCCGUUCCCCCAAGUGCUCUUCCAAGUUGUCCAACCCUCAUUCUAUUGUGCCAGCAUGGUUGAAAAAGUUUAUCUAAAGUGCCCACUUGUGUCUUAAUAAGUGCCCUUGUACUGGAGAAAACAUGAUUUCAUGCCUUACAAGGUGCCUAACAACAUUCUGAACUUGAUGUUCCCAAUGGGCGUCCUCCUAAGCCAUUACCCUUGCUCUAUGAUGCUUUACACGAGAAUGUACCAAUAGGUGUCCUUUCCAGUAGAGAGGAUCAGAUGCUGUGCGGUAUAGGAGACUACAGAGAAACUCUAUACUGUCUCCCUCGGUAAUAAAAAGGAAC